CUCGGUAGUAAAAUAACAGAAUGCAAGGAGGCGGUUGAAUGGACCAGCAGAGAACGUGAUGAUUUGAUCUCGUCUGGAUAAAUGCAACAAACCGAGUCCAAAGGCAACUUGAUCACAGUUUACCGCGCGCUUUGAAACUCGCUGGGUGCUUGGCGGCGCUUUUAAAAUCCCGUUUGAAACACGCGCCGGGUUUCACUCAAAGGAAAUUGUGAUUUAUUUUUUCUGGUGAUUUACAAUAAUUAAUGUGCGCGCUGUGUAUGUGCUUUAAUUGUGUCACACGAUGCUAACAAUAAAAGCCUAAGGUAAUUUUCUUCACUUUGCUCAGAACUUUUAAAAAUGAGGACUUGCAAAGAUCCUCAGCAAGAUGCAGGCGACGGGAGUCCCGCGACUACUACGGCCGGCCGACCAAAUAACACAGAGUGACCAAAAUACGAGUUAAAUGGACGAAAGGAGGGCCUAGAGAUUAAAAAUGCGUGUGAUUGUAUUUAAAUUAUUUAUUUGGCUACACGUCGCCAUGACAGUUAACAGUAUUGGGGAUCAAAAUGCGAACAUUGAGUCAAAAAAUGCAUAUAUAGAGUCGGAAUUAAAACUUAGAGGUGGCAAGAGCCAUCAAAAUCGUUACGCGUCGGUUUUGAUGGCGAAUAGUAGAAAUAGUAAGAGUAGUUCGUCGACAACCCAAAGAAUGCCUUGGUUGCAUCAACCUUCAAAUAGUAAAUACAGUUACAAUAAUUUAAAUUCGGUCCAUUUGAGACAUGCAAGAUAUCCAACCCUUAACUCCGUAUGGACGAGGUUGGAAGAACUCCAAACGAGGCACGUCGUCGCGACCACGACGUCGACGACGACGACACCUUCACCAAAAUACCAAUACCAAAAAUAUUAUAGGAUGAGUGAUAAUUUAUUGACUGAAAACUACGGUAGUGACGAACUGGAUAGUAAUGACGUCGACAACGACGAUAACCUGCCAGAUUACGAUAGCUGGGACAGCGGAAAAGAUGAGGAAGAGGAAGAGGAGGAGGAGGAGGAGGACGAUGAUUUUUUUCGCGACGAAAAUGGUUGGCAGGCCGAAGAGGCGACCACGGUAGCGCCGCUGGGAAGGCUACAAAACGAACCUUCCAGUAGCAAUCCGGAACUGAACGCCGCAAUCGAGCACAUGCAACGAAUGAAUAUCGGCUCUCGAUGUCGCGAUCCACUUCCACGUGUUUUGUCGGUCCAAAACAUUCACCCGUUUCCGGAGAAAAGGUAUUCGCCACACUGUACCGUUUUACAUCGCUGCUCUGCGGAUACGGGAUGCUGCAAAAAUCAUUCCAUGACGUGCGCACCAAAGAAUCAUUCCAUCGUUUAUCUAUAUUUUUUCACAACAAUGAUUAAUCAACCGCGGUCCACAGUCGAAAAAUUACCCUUCGUCAACCACACCGAGUGUGCGUGCUUAGAUAAAGCAGAUGAACCUCCAGCUUUGGAGGCCACAAGGACUGAAGCGAGCAGGGAUGGAAUACGGUCGUACAGAUCGAAUAUUUCAGUGCGAGCGGUAGAUUCCUCACUGUACUCACCAGAAACCAUACGAAGAUGUAAGUGCCCUAAAGAGUACAACUCCAUGUUGGAUCGCGACAACAACUGCAGCUGCGACUGUGACGACGACAACGAAGAUUGCGUUCGAUUCAAAAAAGGGAAAGAGCAUUUUUCGUUAAGCGAUCGAAGGUGCAUCAUGGUUGGAGAGUGUGGACUUCCCAAAUGUGAAUAUGGUCCUUACCUGAGAACGAAAGGGAGGUGUACAGACAAAAAUGAGAAACUGGACGCAUUCGCAAGUGUUUCCUCGAAUUUUUAAUAAAGUGAUAAAGAUCGGACUAAUGAAAAUGUUUGAAAUUUUAUUUUCAUUACCUUUUCUGUGUAUUUUUAAAUUUACAUGUCAUACUGAAUCGCAUCUUAAAAUGUAAUAUAAACGUGUAUAUUUACCAUUUUCAUAUUAAUUGUCGUCUAAAUAUUAAAAACAACGUAUACGUUUU